GUUUUCAAAAUCUCCCGAGAUAUUAGAGAAUAGAAGAAGAAGAGGGCGAAAAUCUCACGUUUUCAUCAUAUUUUCCAUUUGAUGCGGGGAAAUCAAAUCAUAUCAAGCUCCCCAAAGUGGAUAUCAGAAUCUGAGCCGUAUGGCUUACAAAAUAUUAAAAGUAGAUUUUCCCAGAUUUGAUUUUGAACCCUCCUCACUAUAUAGUCAUAUAUUCAUAUACCCAUGAUAGGGACCCGUAUCCUAUGUCAGACAGACACAAAAUAUUUGACAUUUCAUUAACACCCCCAGCUUUAACUCAUUUUUCUUUUGUUCAUGUAUAUAUGAGCUUUUGGUGAAGAGGGCCUCUUUUAAGUAUUUUUCCAGUCUAGAGAGAAGAAGAAUCAAAAGCAUCUUCUUGUUCUCCCCUGUUCUCAUUCUUUGUUGUUUGGCUAAAAUCGAUUUGGGUUUUUGGAAGACAUGGCUAGAAAUGGAGUUUUUUCUAGGAGGAGAAGGUUUGAUAGGUUGGAAGAUGGAGCAGCAGGGGAUUUAUCAUCAUCCUCAUUGGAAUCCCAUGAGGUUCAUGUUCUUGCUGUUGAUGAUAGUCUUGUCGAUAGAAAGGUCAUUGAAAAGUUGCUUAAGAUCACAUCUUGUAAAGUUACAGCAGUGGAUAGUGGAAGGAGAGCUCUACAAUUUCUUGGAUUGGAUGAGGAGAAGAGCUCUGUUGGAUUUGAUGGAUUGAAGGUGGAUUUGAUUAUAACAGAUUACUGUAUGCCUGGAAUGACUGGUUACGAGCUUCUCAAAAAGAUCAAGGGCUCAUCUACUUUCAGAGAAAUUCCGGUUGUGAUUAUGUCAUCAGAAAACGUUUUGGCCCGAAUUGAUAGGUGUUUGGAAGAAGGUGCGGAAGAUUUCAUAGUAAAGCCAGUAAAACUGUCGGAUGUUAAACGUUUGAAGGAUUACAUGUUUGGUGAUGAUGGAGUUGUUGGCAAACAAGAAAGAGGGAUUUGCAAGAGAAAAUUACACGAAACUUCUUGUGAUGAUGAUGUUACAAUGUCACCUUCAAAAUCUCCGUUACCAUCAUCAUCAUCAUCAUCAGAAGAUUUUUCAUCAGCUUCUCCACUGCCAACAACCACCUCUUCCUCCUCCACGUCAUCUUCGCCGCCAUUGUCCCCGAAAUCAUCCUUAAUGCUGCCUUCAGCAGAUUCAUCACCGCCUUCCUCACCCAUCGCAAGGAUUGAAUCUCCCACAAGGAGGCUUAAAAUGAGCACUGAUGACCAAAGCUGAUGCAAAUAUUAUUUGAUUAUUCUUUUGAGAAAAAUCCUCAUAUGUUACACUUAGGCAAGCAAGCUCAAAACUCGAUCAGGACAGUAGUAGUUUUGCAAGUUAUUUUGUAUGGUGGCUUGCCAUUUUCAGGGCCUAAAAUUGGCAAAAGCCUAACACUGUUUACUUGUAGAUUUUGCUUCUUUUUAACUGGCUUUGUCAGUCAAUUUGGCCUCAAAAUGAAAAAUCCUAUAUCUCUCCAACUUCAACCAUGUUCACACUAAUCCAGAUUGGAUUAAUCCCAAUUACGCGUUAGGCAAUGUUACAGUUUGAAAGUUCUUGAAGGCCAUAGUUCUUGGUCAUUAUUGAUGUGAACUGAGAGGCAUUGAUGAGAAAUGAUUUGAUUCGGAUACGAUAUUAUUUUGAUGUCGAUUGUUGUCUGGUAAAAGGGGCAUGUGGGAUUCUACGGAUUUGAGUUGGGACAAUGUUUGUGAUAUUGUUCUGUGUACUAAGGCAUUUUUUUUAGGGGGAAGAGAGUUGAUGUGUGAGGGCCUGGAGGGUUUUAAGUUGUGGAUGGACUUGUGGGGAUGGAUCCAUGGAUUCGGCUGCCGUGUCUGUCCAGUUGUUCACUCAUGUGGUUUUGUCUAGUUUUUGAAACGUUGAUUUGUUUGCCAAACCUAAUUUUAUACUCCCUCCGUCCCAAAAUAAUGCUCCGCAUUGAGUUUUAAAUUUUAUACUGUUUUUAGUAUAAAUUUAAAAACUCAAAG